GAUGAAUACGAUAGUUAUUGGUUUGCUGGCCUGCUGCCUCAUAUUUGUCGCUUCUGCACCUGCAAAACAGAAGAAAGUAGAUAAAGCAAAGAAACAAUUAGAAAAACGGUUUGAUGACCUUUGUGAUGAUUUGGAAGACGGCUCUAUUGGAAACAUCGACACUAACUUUGAUGACGUAUUCAAGAACCUCGAUCAAGCAUGUAGUUCUCUUUCGGAAAUAGAGAGCAACGCGCAAAUUGUCACUGGAGUCACCGAUAAUGCAGGAGACGAUACGGAAUCUGCCGAUACGGAAUCUGCCGAUGAUAAUUCCGUUAGUACCGACGAUGAUGAUGGGGAAUCGGUCGAUAGUGGAUCUGUUAGUACUGAUGACGAUACGGAAACUGUCGAUGAGGUUCCGGCGCAAAUUGACACACGUAAAAAGAAUGGCAAAGAAAGGAAGGGUGGAAAGAAAGGUGGGAAAAAAGGUGGAAAGAAAGGUGGAAAAAACAAAUCCAAUGUCGAUGAUGAUGAUAAUGAUGAUGAUGAUGAAACAGCCGCUGAUAAUUUUCUAGAAUUUUGUGAGCAACUGGAUAAAGCAGUAAAGAAAGGCGUUGUCGAUGCUAUGUCUAAUGAUAUGUCAACUCUUAUGGAAUCCGUAGUGGAUAUAUGUGUAGAGGCCGAAGCUAUAGCUGAAUCAAAGUAAUAAAACGAGUCGACCUAAUGUAUAGCGUUACCCGGACAUAAACCACGUGGAAUUGGAGCGUUAAAUAAUAGUUAUUACUUAAAUGUUCAGUACAUGUAUCUGAAAUUUGUUCAGUUCUAUAUUCUUCAUUAUUCUUUAGCAAUAAAUAUUGUUCUUCGUGUGUAAUCAUUGUGUUUAUUUCCUACAUAAGUCAGUUUUGUAUAUCUAAUGUUUGGUGUCACUUUCUUGUUUUGUUAACCCCCCCCCCACCCCUGAUUAAUGACAGCUCAGAGUAUGUGAAUUCUACAUAUCUUUACUCCUGGUACCAGAAAUUUACAUGUCAAUGAUCUUAAAUGUCAGAAACACACAGAAAAGCAAUAUAUCAAACAAAAAUGAACGAAAGACAACAUUUUUUCUUGAUUCAAACAAACUACAGUGUAACCUCUGAAUUGUGGCCAUCUGUAGAGCAAUAACCUCUUCAACAAAUUCAAUACAGUCAGGACUCAUUACAACGACACCGUUGGUUCCCAAAUGAUAUGUCAGUAUAUCGAAUUUGUCAGUAUAUUGAAUUUCAUCAUUAAUGAUAUGCUUAUUCACUGGUAUCUGGACAUUAUGUAUUUAGAUCUAUAAUAAACAUCUAUAAUGAA